AUGACUAUCCAGGGGUGCUCCCAAACAGGACAGACACACCUGCGGGCUCAGCUUGGUGCUGCCAAGCUGCAGGAUGGUGUGACGAGUCAGCCAGCUGCAGGACAGACACACCUGCGGGCUCAGCUUGGUGCUGCCAAGCUGCAGGAUGGUGUGACGAGUCAGCCAGCUGCAGGACAGCAUGGGCUGAAGCUGCCCUUAAGCACCGAAGGCAAGCGGAAGGGCUGGGAAGGCACCCAGUGCAACACGGCGCUGGGUUUCCUCCACAGCCCCGUGCAAAUCAAGGCCAAAGCGGGCAACAUCGCAGCUCAUCCCCGCCAAGAGAGCCCCGAUGGCCACGUAGCCCCAGGAGGGCUCAGGGGUGACUCCACGGCGUAUGUUCCUCUCUGGCCGGCAGGGACAGAUGGUGACGGUGACGUGGCUGGUCCCGUGACAGGUCCUGUGGCGGGUCCUGCUAGGGCUGCUGUGCAGGCAGUCCCCUCACUGCAUACUAGCUGGGUCCCUUUGGAGCUGCGGAAGAACGUGCACGCCCGGCGGUACCGGUACCGGGCCGUCGUCUUCCAGUCGGGAGCGGUGGUGCAGCAGCUGUGCAGCGUCUGCGUCUUCGUCCUCACCUGGUGGUACAUGGACGCCGGGAUGCUGAGCCCGCAGGGGCUUUUCGGGGCGGCCCUUGUCUCCUCCCUGCUCGGCUACGUCCUCUUCGACGCCGUGGAUGGCGGGGCCGGGCGGCGGGAGAGCGGGCGGACGCGGUGGGCCGACCUGAAGAGCACGCUGGUGUUCGCCGCCUUCACCUACGGCUUCUCGCCGGUGCUGAAGACGCUGACCGAGUCCAUCAGCACGGACACCAUCUACGCCAUGUCGUCCCUCAUGCUCCUCGGCCACCUCAUCUUCUUCGACUAUGGCGCCAAUGCUGCCAUCGUCUCCAGCACGCUCUCCCUCAACAUGGCCAUCUUUGCCUCGGUGUGCCUGGCCUCCCGCCUGCCCCGCUCCCUCCACGCCUUUGUCAUGGUCACCUUUGCCAUGCAGAUCUUUGCCCUCUGGCCCAUGCUGCAGAAGAAGCUGAAAGCCCGGACACCCCAAUGCUACGUGGGGGUGACGGUGCUCUGCCAUGGGAUGAGGCUGAAAUCAAGGAAGACCUCUCCAGGUUCCUCAUGUAGGCCUGGGCCCGGGGGGGGUCCUCUGCUGUGA